AUGUCCAAAAUCAACCUUGGCAUCACCGCUGACAUGCACGUCCAUCUUCGUGAUGGCAAGAUGAUGGAGUUAAUCACCCCAACCGUCAGAGAGGGUGGUGUCUCUAUUGCCUACGUCAUGCCAAACUUGGUACCUCCAGUGACUACUUUGGAAAGAGUCAUUGAAUACAAGCAGAGUCUCCAAAAACUUGCACCAAAAACAACAUUCUUGAUGAGUUUGUACUUGUGUAAGGACUUAACACCUGAGCUCAUCCAUGCUGCCGCCAAACAAGGCGCCAUCCACGGUGUCAAGUGCUAUCCAGCAGGUGUCACCACCAACUCUGCUGCUGGAGUGGAUCCCAACGACUUUUCUGAUUUCUACCCCAUUUUCAAGGCUCUUGAAGAGAACGAUUUGGUUCUCAACCUCCACGGAGAGCGUCCUCCUGCCAAGGAUGAAGACAUCACCGUACUUAAUGCCGAGCCAUUGUUCCUUCCUGCGUUGGUCAAGUUAUCCAAGGAUUUCCCCAACUUGAAGAUCAUUUUGGAACAUUGCACCACCAAAAGUGCUGUGGAUACCGUACGUGGCAUCCACAAAGAGAACCCUAAUGCCAAGGUGGCCGCCACCAUUACUGCUCACCACCUUUCUCUCACAAUUGAUUCGUGGGCCGGAAACCCUAUUAACUUCUGCAAGCCAGUGGCUAAGUUGCCCGAGGACAUGCGGACGUUAGUGGAUGCUGCCACAUCGGGUGAACCAUAUUUCUUCUUCGGAUCAGACUCCGCUCCUCAUCCUAUUGAGGGUAAGGCUAGACAUGUAGGAGUGUGUGCUGGAGUGUACACCCAGUCCAAUGCUAUAGGGUACUUGGCAGAGGUUUUUGAGGGAGCAGGAAAGUUGGAUAAGUUGCGUGGAUUUGUCAACGAACAUGGAAAGAAAUUCUACGGAAUCUCUGAUGACGAUGUGGUGUGCAAGGACACGGUUUCGUUGGUGAAGAGAGAGAAUGUUGUAGCCGAGGUUAUUGCCAACGACACCAUCCAGGUUGUACCAUUCAAGGCUGGAGAAUCUUUGAAGUAUAUGGUAGAGUGGGAUUAG